AUGGUGCUGUUGACGUUCCUGUCGGUGGUCGGCACUGCCCUAGCGGCACCCGCCACCAACCCCCAGUACGUCGUAGCACACGGCACCGGCCCCAACAGUCUGAGCUCGGGCCCGCUGCAGCCGGCCGCGGCCCUGUUCAGGGGGCCCGACCCGGCGCUGGCGCCCCGACACCCUCCUCCGGACGUCACCCGGGCGCCCCGACACCCUCCUCUGGGCAUCAGCCAGGUGCCCCGACACCCUCUUCUGGGCAUCACCCAGGUGCCCCGACACCCUCCUCCGGACAUCAUCCGGGCGCCCCGACACCCUCCUCCGGACAUCAUCCGGGCGCCCCGACACCCUCCUCCGGACGUCAUCCGGGCGCCCCGAUACCCUCCGGGCAUCACCCAGGCGCCCCGACACCCUCCUCCGGACAUCAUCCGGGCGCCUCGACACCCUCCUCCGGACAUCAUCCGGGCGCCCCGACACCCUCCUCCGGACAUCAUCCGGGCGCCCCGACACCCUCCUCCGGGCAUCACCUCAUAA